AUGGCUCGACAGACGACGAACGGUGGUUCUCGGUCGCGAGAUCACGACGAUUCGGAGGUUGUGUCUGAGCAGUACUCAGAGGCGGAGGAGGUGUUGUCUGGAGAGGAGGAGGCGGAGUCGGGUGUUGAGGAGGAGGAGGGAGAGGACCUGAUGGCGACCCGGGGUUUCGUAGUGGACGAGUUGGAGGAGGAGGAAGAAGACGAGUAUGAUGCGACGUUGUUAGAUGACGAGGGGGAGUUUGAGGACAUGACGGCGACUCAGCGCGCGGCGGCUGAGGCUGCAAUCGAACGCCGCCAUCGCAGUGCGGAGGCCACACGUACGGCCAGCGGUGGUCUGCGUUCCGUUGCGGCGCUCUUCCGUGGUCUGGGAGGUGCGGAGGAGGCAGCGGCGGAUGAGGCAGCGGCGGAGGAGACCAUUGACGCGGCUAUGGAGGAGGAGCAGGAGGUCUUCCGCGGACUCCGUGGACGUCGUGUCCGUGUCCACCGUCCCGAGGCGAGUGUCGUCUUGCAGGCUCGCCAGGCGCUGCCUGAGUGCAAUGCCGCCAGCGUUGUCGAUGAACGCAUCCGCAGCCUCCUCAAUGCUAUUCUUGAGGGAUUCCUUUGGUUCUGCGCCCCCGAAGAGGCGACUGGAGCCGGUGCAGAACCGGAAGGUACGCCGUACUACAUUGCGCGUAUUGAGGAUAUGGCGCGAGCAGAAAAGAAGUCGUUGGUGGUGGACUGGACACACCUCGCUGCGCACGAGCCCAAGUUGCUUGACUGGAUCGUGUUGCGGCCGCAAGAGUUGUUUGGGGUGAUGGAUGAUGUGGCCACGAGCAUUGUGCGAGCACUGUAUCCGAGUCUAUACGAGUUGGAAUGCGUGGCAGUGCGUGUGUCUGGACGGCACCGUGGUGGUGCGCUACAAACGAUCCGUAGCCUGAAGACGGGUUCGAUUAACUCGUUGGUGUGCGUAGAGGGAGUAUGUGUUCGUCGUACUGAUGUAUUGCCGAAACUGAAGACACGUUAUUACCGCUGUAUUAAGUGCGGUUUCGAUGGAAAUGGGCCUUUCAGCGACCAGCAAUUAUCAGGUGCUGGGACGGGGUCGGGGUCGGGGACGGGGUCGGGGUCGGUAGGAGGGUCUAGUCCGUUGGUGGUGGUGUGUAUAGAGUGUCAAAGCACUGGUCCGUUUGCUUUAUGUCGGGAACGGACGGUGUUUGAGAACUAUCAAAAGGUGACGAUUCAGGAGGUGACUUCGUCGAUUCCCCCGGGACACAUCCCACGACAGAAGCAGCUGGUUUUGUUGGGUGACUUGGUGGACUCGGUACGACCUGGAGAUGAGGUUGUUGUCAGUGGAAUCUUGGAGACAAGUCAGGAUUCGUUUGUGAACGCGAAAUUGGCUUUUCCUGUGUUCGGUGUUUGGAUCGUGGUAAAUUACGUACAGAGACGGCGGGAGAAGCAAUUGGAGGAGAUGACGGAGAAGGACGUGGCGAUAAUCCGGCGUUUGGGUAGACAUUCGCAAGUGCGCGAAAAAAUAUUGAAGUCCAUUGCGCCGAGCAUUUGGGGACAUGUGCAUGCUAAAACGGCGAUCGCUUUGGCCAUGUUCGGAGGAGUACGUCGAGAAGGAGGUUCAGGUGGACACAGUGUCCGCGGUGACAUCAAUGUGCUCAUUGUCGGCGACCCCGGUAUGGGUAAAAGUCAGUUGUUGCAGUUCGUUGCCCACACGUACCCUCGAACAGUGUUGACCACAGGCAAGGGUGCAUCGGGGGUCGGCCUUACGGCAUCGGUAAAGCGCGAUCACGUCACGGGCGAGUGGGUGUUGGAAGGGGGUGCUUUUGUACUUGCUGAUGAAGGUAUAUGUUUAAUCGAUGAGUUCGAUAAAAUGAGCGACCAUGAUCGCGUCUCUAUACAUGAAGCAAUGGAGCAACAAUCUAUCUCCCUCAGCAAGGCCGGCAUCAUCGCCACUCUGCGGGCAAGGUGCGCGGUCAUAGCAGCUGCCAACCCCGUCGGAGGUCAGUAUGCCACGUCCCUGACGCUGCCUGAAAAUCUGGAACUUUCAGAUCCCAUUUUAUCGCGAUUCGACGUUGUCGCCGUCAUGAAGGACGAGGUGUACCCACUCUCAGAUCAGUACCUCGCCGACCACGUGCUCCUUAACCACAUACAAGCUCAUCCAGACGCCGGUAUAGGUGGUGAUGGUAUAGGUGGUGAUGAAAAUCUUGGCGCUGGUAGUGGUAAUGGUAUGGACGUGCUGGAAAAGCCGGAUGAGACAGUUGUCCAUGGUUACCCGGCUUGGGUGACAAAUAAUCAGCGUAUCCCUGAUCGGUAUCUGCGGCAGUACGUGUUGUAUGCACGGCAAUUCGUGCGUCCUCUUUUGAAGCCAAGUGACGAGCAGCGCAUCGUCGACUUUUACACGAAAAUGCGUCAAGCAACCUACCGUUUCCAUGGUAGUAUGCCCAUGACUGUUCGUCAUCUAGAGUCUAUUUUCCGUAUGGCAGCAGCCAACGCGAAAAUGCGUCUGUCGAAUGUCAUCUCCACUCAAGAUAUCGACUACUCUAUGAGCACCAUGUUCGAGUCAUUCGUCCAAUCACAGAAACAUAGCGUAGCUCAAGCAAUGUCGCAAACGUUCGCUAAGUAUCGCGCACUCGCUGCAUCCCCACAUGAAGUUCUCCAUAACAUACUCAAGAAUAUCAUCUCCCGAUCUCUUGACGACCAGUACUGUACCAAACUUCUUCAACACAUCGACGACGAAAGCGUCGUCGAAGUCCCCCUCCAGGAAUUCAAACAACUAGCACACAACACACAUCAACUACCAGAAGACUUCAUUGACGCUUGGGUCAACCACCCCAAGUUUCAAACCAUUUACUAUCUCACGGUAACGAACACACGCACACCAACGAACACACGCACACCAACCAACACACGCACACCAACCAACACACGCACACCAACCAACACACGCACACCAACGAACGCACGCACACCAACGAACGCACGCACACCAACGAACGCACGCACACCAACGAACGCACGCACUCCAACGAACACACGCACACACGCACAUCGGUUAAUCACUACACACGACGAGUUGGAAUCACCUUCUUGCAGCAACGGCAAGGCCAGACAUUUAUUGGGUGCAAAACUAGCUAGUUAG